AUAUUGGAAGCUAAUCCAGAAUUACUGAAAAUUAAUGCUAAUGUGGUGGUGGCAAAAGAUAGUAGUGGCAAAUACAAGACUGUUAAACAAGCUAUUGCAUCGGCACCGGUUAAGAGCAAUAGUCGUUAUGUUAUAUACAUAAAGAAAGGAGAUUACAAGGAGAAUAUUGUGAUAGACAAAGAUAAGUGGAAUAUAAUGCUACUUGGUGAUGGCUUGGAGGAUACUAUUAUAACUGGCAACUUGAAUAAUGCUUCUGGAAUUGGAACCUAUGAGACGCCAACCGUUGCAAGUAACGCUGAUGGAUUUAUGGCACAAAAUAUGCGUAUCCGAAACACAGCAGGACCAAAGGGGGAACAAGCUGUGGCACUUCGUGUCACUGGGGACAGAUCCGUCAUCAACAAGUGCAAAAUAGAUGCCUAUCAAGACACACUCUACGUCCACAACCAACGCCAAUUCUACAAGGACUGUUACAUUACUGGAACUAUCGAUUUCAUCUUUGGUAAUGCAGCAGUGGUGUUUCAAAAGUGCUACAUCGUGGCUAGGAAGCCAUUGAGCGGACAACAAAACAUGGUAACAGCGCAACAAGGCAAGACGGAUAAGAACCAAAACACUGGAAUUUCAAUACAAAGUUGUAAUAUAACCCCAAGCCCAGACUUAAAACCUGUUAUCAAAGAUUUUAAGACAUUCUUGGGACGUCCAUGGAAGAAUUUCUCAACAUCGGUAUACAUGGAGUCUUACAUUGAUAACCAUAUUGAUCCAGCAGGGUGGGCCCCUUGGAUUGGUACAAUGUACUUGGAUACAUUGUACUUUGGUGAGUACAAGAACAAUGGGCCAGGUGCUGAUACUAGCAAAAGGGUAAACUGGAAGGGUUAUCAUGUUAUUACUAAAGCUUCUGAUGCCAUGAAAUUUACUGUGUCUCAAUUGCUUCAAGGAGGGUCUUGGAUUAAAGAUGCUGGAGUGUCCAUAUCUGGGCUUUCAACCUAGUGUAUAUUAUUGGUAUCUUAAUUUUACCGAGCACGAGUCCGUUUGAAUUAGCUGAUAAAAAGUAAGUGAAAUAUCAUCUACCGAAAAACACUUUUAGGUGUUGAAGCUAACUUUAUAGUAAAGAAAUAUGUGAUUGGAUAGAAGUGCUGAAAUUCAUAACAAUCUUAUAGUA